GAUGGCGACCGGGGCAGGCUGGCAGCCUGCGUACAGCACCUCGACCAGCAGCACCAAGUACACCCCCUCUCCGUCCUCCUCCAGCAUGUUUUACGACGGGGGCUUGACGCUGGAAUACACUCAAGACCUGCAUCUGAAGAUGAGCAAGAAGAUCGCGCAGCUGACCAAGGUCAUCUACGCUCUCAACACCAAGAACGACGAGCACGAGGAGGAGAUCGAGUCUCUGAAAGAGGCCCACGAGGACGAGGUCCAACACAUCGUGACAGAAACAAGAGACAAGAUCAUGCAGUACAAGAGCAAGAUGGCGGACGAGGCGGACCUGAGGCGGCGGCUCGCCAGUCUGGAGGAAUCCGUGGAGCUCCACGAGCACAUGAAGAGACAGGCUCUGGCUGAGUUCGAGAUGUACCGGCAGAGGAUGGAGGACUCUCAGCUGUGCACCGAGGCCCAGCACACACAGAGAGUGGUGUCAAUGAGCCGGGAGGUGGAGGAGAUGCGUCGGGAUUUUGAGGAGAAGCUGCGGGCGUUCAGCCAGUCUCAGGCCCAGUUUGAGGCGGAAAAGCGGCGGGCGCUGGAGGAGCUGAAGGUCACCCACCGCCAGGAGGUGGAGGAACUCCUCAACAACCAGCAGAACCAAAGCGCCAGCUCCACCGAAGACCAGGAGAAGCUGGCCAAGCUUCAUAGACAAGAGGUGGAGGCGCUGAUGGAGCGGGUGGAGGAGCUGACCAAGGACAAGGUCCGCCUGGUGGAGGAGUACGAGGCCAAGCUGGCCAAAGCUCAGGAGUAUUACGAGCGAGAGCUGGAGGCCAUGAGGAGGACGCACCAGCUCACCACCGAGAACCUGCUGGCCUGGAAGAGGACCGAGGUGGAGCUCCGUAAGGAAUUCCAGGCUCAGGAAGCGGCGCUGCAGCGGUCACUGUCCAAGCUGAGGAGCGAGCUCCAGAAAGCUCAGGAGGAGGCCCGAGAGAACCGGGACAAGACCAACAGGCUGCAGACGUCGCUGGCCAACGCCGAGGGGACCAUCAAGAACCUGCACAAGCAGCUGGAGGAGGCCAUCCAGGACGGAGAGAUCUGGGUGAUGCAGCUGAAGGACACCGAGUACGAACUGGAGGGAAGCAGAGAGCGAGUGCAACAGCAGGCCACCGAAAUCCUCCACAAAGCCAGCCAGAUCGGUUCCCUGCAGGCCACGCAGAUGGCCCACGAGGCCACCAUCAGAAACCUGGACCAGGAGCAGAGCCGCCUGAAGGAGAAGAUCAACCGGCUGGAGGAGGAGCGGCAGGCUCUGCUCAACCAGAGCCAGGCGGCCAGCGACCAGCACAAGCAGCAAGUGCUCAAGCUGGAGCAGUCCCUGCGGGAGGAGCACCAGAGCUACGAGAAGGAGCUGUCCAGGCUGAGGGUGCACUACGAGGAGGAGACGCUCCGCUUCAAGGAGGCGCAGGUCCGAGCGCUGGAGGAGCUGGAGGAGAAGCACCGCGCCAUGAAGGAGGAGGCCCAGCAGGAGAAGGAGGAGGAGAAGAAGCUCCUCGUGACGAAAAUGAGUCAGGAGUUUGAGAUCAAGCGGCUGUCCCUGGAGGAGCAGCGGGACCGUCUGCAGCAGCAGCUGGACAACCUGAAGGAGGAGCUGUCCGCCAAGCUCAACAUGGCCAACCAGGAAGUGUCCCACCUCCAGGAGCUGGUGAGGGAGGGGGAGCAGAACCUGGGCUCGGCUCAGACGCAGAUCAACUGUCUGAAGGAAACUCAGGAAAAGCUCAAGAUCGAGCUGGACGCCACCAGAGCGCGGGUCCGAGAGACCAGCAACCUGCUGACCGACCUCCAGGAGGAGAUCGAGACCCAGAAGCAGCAGCACGAGGCCCGGGUGAUGUCCAUCAGGACGGAGGAGAAGCAGAAGAUGGACAAGAUGGCGGACGACCUGGACCAGAAGUGGAGAGACGCGCUGCGGGAGGAGGUGCGCCUGCUGAAGGAGGAGCUGACGGAGGAGUACGACGCCGACAAGCAGGCGGCGCUGACGCAGCUGUCGCAGCAGAAGGAGCUGGAGAUGAUGGCGGCCCGGGAGGGCUGGCAGAGGAAGGUGGAGGACCUGCUGGAGCAGAUCUCCUUGCUGAAGCAGUCCCUGGAGCUGCAGCUGUCUCAGUCGCAGUCGGCCCUGCAGCAGCUGCAGUCUCAGUUCAACCAGGAGAGGGAGCUGCUGAGCCAGCAGCUCAAAGAGAUGCAGAGGGAGCACCAGAGGAGGGAGCACCGGCUGCAGGAGGCUCACUGCUGCGCCCUCAGCACCAUGGAGGAGGCCAGGCAGCACCAGAUCAGAGCCCUGGAGGAGCGUCUGAAGCAGGAGCAGAGGGAGGAGGUCCACGCCCUGAAGGAGGCCCACAGGAGGACCCUGGACAUCCUGAGGCAGCAGUCGGACCAGGAGCUGCAGACGCUGCGCUUCGAGCUGGAGGACGAGGGCAAAGCCAAGCUGGCCUCCCUCCGGGCGGAGCUGAACCACCUCCACGCCACGGCGAUAGAGCACCUGAAGCAGAUCCACCUCAAGGAGCACACGGCAGCCAAACGGGAGCUGGAGAACGCCAUGGAGCACAGCCACAAGCAGGAGCAAGAGCUGCUGGUGCGCAUCUCCGACCUGCAGGCGGAGGUGUGCUCCCGCUGCAACCGCAUCACCGACCUGGACCACGAGAUCCACUCCCUGAACGAGACCAUCGACACGCUGACCCGCGAGCUGGAGCUGAAGGGCAAGGAGGUGCUGCGGGUUCGCAGCGAAGCCAACCAUCAGAUCAGGUCUGUCUGUCUCUGCUGCAGAGCCCAUGAGCAGGACCUCGCCAAGAGACACGAGCGGGAGAUGGGGGAGCUGAGCGUCGUCCACCACCGGGAGACGCAGAUCAUGCUGGCCGACUUCAACAAGGCGCAGGAGGUCCUCAAAGACAAGAUCUCUGCCCUGCAGAUCCUACUGGAGGGCACCGAGGAGAAGCUCCGCAACAGAGAGAGUCGACCCGAAGACCUGCACAUCAUCGCCGAGCUCAGGGAGAUGGUCACCGAGCGAGAAGCCCUGGUCAAGAAGCUGGUGGACGACAAGAAGUUCUACCAGCUGGAGUUGGUCAACAGAGAGACGGGCUUCAACAAGGUCUUCAACUCCAGCGCCAACGUCGGUGUCAUCAACCCUCUGAUUAAGCCUUCCUGAAGGCAGCGCCGCCACGCCGCCGGACCCCAGGGGGAUGGAGGCGGGAAAAAGCAAAGCUACAAAAGAAGAAAAAGAAGAGGAGCUGUACGCUCAGUACUUCACUUUCUGACCGGCAAAAAAAAACUAAACAAAACAAAACAAAAAAAAAAAAAAAUGGCAAAAACAUCCCAAUUC